AUGCGUCAGCUAUGUUUAUCUGGGUCGGGAAUUGAACAUGAUGAACGACCUGACCCCCGAGCUGAGCAGGAGGAGACGAGCGGCUUGGGGAGCAUACAAGAGCAUCGAGGAUGUAGUGAAGAAGACCAGGAACACCCGGCUCCGUGCUCACCUCUUCAACACCACCGUACUUCCUGCUUUGACUUACUCCUCGGAAACCUGGGCAAGCAGGAAGAAAACGCGGUGAGCGUCAUUGAACGCGCAAUUGAGAGAGUGAUGCUAGGAAUAUCCCUCCUCACGCAAGUGAGGGACGGGAUUCGAAGUUCUCUCCUGCGUCAGCGAUCGAAGAUUAGGGACGCCACCGCGUUUGCCGAGGAAAGUAAAAUAAGUUGCGCCGGACACGUGAUGCACUUUAAUGACAACCGUUGGACCAGAGCCGUGAGCGACUGGGUUCCCCGCGAUAUUAAGCGCACCACAGGAAGACCGCCGACCCGAUGA